CGAUUACUAGCGGCGGUCGUUCUGACGACGGUGAUACGAGGUCCGGUCGUCGGGGAGAGGAUUCAGGUCACCAACAAGUUAGAGCUGGAGAUGGCGGUGAUAGUGCACUGCGCAUCCAAAGACGACGAUCUAGGAGGCCGGCCCCUCGACUUCAAUGCCUCGUACGCUUGGCGUUUCGAGCGGAACUUCUUCUGGGGGACGGUUUUCUGGUGCCACGUGGCGUUUCGGGGUAGCCGUCUUUCCUUCACCGCGUACGAUCAAGGCCAACUUGGGGAUAUCCAGGACUACGAUGUGCGCAGUGACGGGGUUUCUGGGACCGACCUUCAAACCGGCCAACUAGUUCACUGA